AUGGGAAAUGCCUCCGAAACAUUUCUGUUGCUGUCCAGAAUAUCGAAAGACAGUGACUUCCUCAUGGGAACUAUUUACACCAUUUUCGGUGUGCUGUCAAUGCUGGGAAAUGGGAUCCUGCUGUUCGUGGCCUAUAGAAAGAAGUCCUCCCUGAAGCCUGCAGAGUUCUUUGUGGUUAACCUGGCCAUCAGUGACAUGGGCAUGACCAUUAGCCUGUUCCCAUUGGCUAUCACUUCAACCUAUGCUCACAUGUGGCUGUUUAAUGAGACCACCUGCAUUGUCUAUGCCUUCUGUGGGGUUUUGUUUGGCCUGUGCAGUCUGACCAACCUCACGGUGCUCUCAUCUGUCUGCUGGCUCAAAGUCUGCUGCCCAAACUAUGGAAACAAGUUCUCCUACUGCCACGCCUGCCUGCUGGUAGCCGGGGUCUGGUGCUAUGCUGGCGUUUUUGCUGUGGGUCCCCUGUCGGGCUGGGGAGAGUAUGGCGCUGAGCCUUACGGUACAGCAUGCUGCAUCGACUGGAAUGCGCCCAGCCAAAAUUCUGCAGCUAUGAGCUACAUCAUUUGCCUCUUCUUCUUCUGCUACAUCGUGCCCUGCACUGUCAUCUUUCUGUCCUACACGUUCAUCCUGCUGACUGUCCGAGGCUCACGACAGGCUGUGCAGCAGCACAUGUCCCCGCAGAACAAGAUCACCAAUGCACAUGCGCUUAUCAUUAAGCUUUCAGUGGCAGUUUGCAUCGGUUUCCUGAUGGCAUGGAGUCCAUAUGCCAUCGUGUCCAUGUGGGCGGCUUUUGGAAACCCAGAAACUGUACCACCUAUGGCGUUUGCCUUGGCAGCUAUAUUUGCAAAGUCCUCCACCCUUUACAACCCUAUAGUCUAUCUGGUCUUCAAGCCAAACUUCCGUAAGUCCCUGUGCAGGGAUGUGGCCCUGUGCAGGAGGUCACUCUGUGGAUGUCUGUGUCCGCACAGCUCCACACAGAAGGGAACUUGCAUGCGGUCCCAUCACCGAGAAGAGUGCAACUCCACAAGGUUGUCAAAUGGGCUGCCCGAGAACCACGGGACCUGCAGACACUGUCCUUGCCCUGAAACAGUCACUGGUACCAGAGAACACUUUACAGACGAAAGCCCUUGA